UCUUUCAAUAAGCCUUCCAGGAAAACAAAAACAGGACGCUGAAUAGAGAUCAUUUGAGCGGGAAACGCAGGAUACCGCGGCUCUUUCGAAAACAGGAAACACACUAUCAUUGGACACGUCACGCUGCGAUGUAAACACAAUAGCCAAUCAAAUACCGCUGGUGAAGCACCGCCCAGUGUGUCAGGAAAGUUUAAAAGCUGCUGCUACAACUGAACGAAAUUAUUCUGAGAACAAGAAGAUGGCAAGAACCAAGCAGACCGCUCGUAAGUCCACCGGUGGUAAAGCCCCGAGGAAGCAGCUCGCCACCAAAGCCGCCCGUAAGAGCGCUCCGGCUACCGGCGGAGUCAAGAAGCCUCAUCGUUACAGGCCCGGCACCGUGGCUCUGAGAGAGAUCCGUCGCUAUCAGAAGUCCACCGAGCUGCUGAUCCGCAAGCUGCCCUUCCAGCGUCUGGUGCGAGAAAUCGCUCAGGACUUCAAGACGGACCUGCGCUUCCAGAGCUCCGCUGUCAUGGCCCUGCAGGAGGCCAGCGAGGCUUAUUUGGUCGGUCUGUUUGAGGACACCAACCUGUGCGCCAUCCACGCCAAGAGAGUCACCAUCAUGCCCAAAGACAUCCAGCUGGCCCGCCGCAUCCGUGGAGAGCGCGCUUAGACUCAACGCUUCAUCUGAAACACAAAGGCUCUUUUAAGAGCCACUCAACUAUUCACUUUAAGAGCUUCGUUGUUUCAAUGUCGUAGACGUGUUGUUAGAAAUGGGGGUGAAAAUUGCAAUAACGACGCCGUUCAGACAUUCUCGCCACAAAAUAUAAAAACGAGCGAGUGAAACUUCACAAAAAACAUGAAUCCGAUUCACCUAAAAAAGAAACUGCUCACCAUGAUCAAUUGCUACCAUCUAGAGGCCAGAAGUCAGAAAAGCCUAAUUUGAACAUUUAUUUAAUUUUGGAUAAAUUGUGUUUGUUGCAAGUUAAGGUCUUUUUUUUUUUUUUUUUUUUAAGUAAUCUACGUUUUAACCCAUAAAUUCUGUUGUCAACGUGUUUUUAAAAUUGUGAAUAAAUAUCUUUACCAUCUAAAACUAGUAUUAGAUGGUCGUUUUUCUACCUACUUUUAUUCUUCUUUUUAUUAUUAUCAUUAAACAAUUAUAACAUCUGGACUUGUGACAGCACCGAUAUGUUGUUCUGUUUGUUUCUGUUGUCUAUCUAAUGCGUUUAUUUGUUUUAUGGAGUGGUCACUGAUAUAUCGGGUGUA